UCAAUGAUGAGAAGCGGACCUAUUGUACUGAUGAUUUCGCUGUGCUUUUUCCUGGUAAGAGCUAGCCGAAUGGAGCAAAUGAUUGCAGCAAGAAUUCCACAGGAGAGGCCGGUCCCACCAGGAAUGAUUCGGUGUAAACCGACUGCCUGUUGCUAUGCGCCAAAAUUCAGAUGUUGUGAAGGAGGAGAUUGGUGCUGCAUUGGGAAUUUCCAUAUGAAAGUGAUAGCUAGUUGGUGUUAAAACUGAUCUAACCGACACCAUCCGAAAAUAAGGGAGAAUCAU